AUGGGCUGCCCAACAAUUGUCAUCCUCCUAUCAGUCGUCGGUUGGUCCCUGGGAGCUCUCACCACCCUCGAUGCGGGAUACGACUUUUCCCGCCAUGCUCCCGAGGGAAUCCCCAUGGCAAACGUGUCCCGUUCACGGAUAGUAGGGGGAAGUACAGCUGCAAUUGGUGCAUAUCCUUACCAAGUAUCAUUACGUCGCCGAGGGAAUCAUUUCUGCGGAGGGUCCAUCAUCGGCAACAGGUGGAUCUUGACCGCAGCCCAUUGCCUUGCAGGGUUGGGGCCAUACGACGUCCAGGUCGUCGUUGGUACCAACACCUUGCUCUCUGGAGGCACUAGGUACCAAUCAUCCAGGAUCAUCAUCCACCCUAGUUACGACUCCUACUUGAUCCGCAAUGACAUUGGACUGAUCCAACUCAGUCAAUCGAUUUCCUAUAACACUCGAGUCCAACCUAUUUCUCUGCCCAGGUCGAAUAUAAAUCAGGCCAAUUAUCCUGCCGUGGUGACCGGAUGGGGAAGGCUAUCGGCCCAGGGGCAACUUCCGAAUUACCUGCAGCAGCUCCGCACUCGCGUUCUUCAUCAACAAUCCUGCCUAAAUGUGAACUACCAAGUGACCAACGCCAACAUCUGCACUUUUCUACAGGCUGGACAGGGCAACUGCAACGGUGACUCUGGAGGACCUCUUGUUGCUGGUGGGGUGCAAAUCGGAAUCGUCUCAUGGGGAUUUCCUUGUGCUCGAGGCAUGCCUGAUGUGUACACGCGUGUGUGGAGUUACGUGUCGUGGAUUAGAAGUGUCGCCAGUUAUUAAAAAUUAACCCCGAUUUUGCCUUCUCACGUGUAAAUG